UGAGAGUGAGAGAGAGAGAGAGAGAAAUCACAAUUGACAGCAACAGCUGUUUAUAAAAAAAGUCUAUCGAAAAAUUAUUUUCAACAACACAAAAAUAAACAAGGAUAAAUCUACAAUUUCCUAUUAAAUUACAAAAGUAAACAUGGAAUUGGAUCCGGAUAUUAUUAAAGAAUUUGAAAAUCUUGAAGUUACUGCCAAGAAACCAAGUGAAGAAGAAAUAAAAGCAUUUGAUGAAAAUGCACCACUUAAAGUCAGCAACACUGGCCGGGGAGGUGUUGCUGCCGCUGCUAAUAAGGCAAAUUCUCCAAAUGGAAAACCAAACACUAAUCAUCCAACAUAUUCAACAAUACCGAAAUUUUUCCAUGCUCCACCGGCUCCCACCGAUACCCUAAGGCAAAAUCUACGCAAAGAAGCCCACUCAUUGUUCUUGCAAAAACGUUCACAAGAGCUGUUGGACAAUGAGGAACUGAAUACCUUGUGGUCCAUACUGGAGAAACAUUGUACACAGGUGACGCCAAUGGGCCAGCAAUUGAUUGGCUAUGAUGACUAUUUGAAAGUAAUGCAAGCUGUUAGUGCCAAAUGCCGCAAAUAUCUAACUGCUCGGCUGUUUGCCAAAUUACAAUGUCAUUCCGGUUAUCCGGGGAAAGUUGAAAUUGUUUCCAUUUUCAAUUAUACAAUGCGUAAAGUGUGGCUAACACAGGGACGCAUUGGCCUCUCGUUCUACGACGAUGUGGGUCAAGGUUAUUUGCGAGAAAUCGAUAUGGAAAAUUACAUUAUUGACAUCAUACCCACAUUGGCACAAAUCAGUGGUUGUGUUCAGCCCUCGUUUCAGAGUUUCUAUGUCUGUACGGUGGUGAAGAAAUUCUUUUUCUUUUUGGAUCCCUUACACACAGGACGCAUACGGAUUCGUGAUAUAUUGGCAUCGGGUCUUUUGACUGAACUAUUGGAAUUACGUGACGAGGAAUCAUCGAAAGAAUCUCAAGAACAUAAUUGGUUUUCAAUGCCAUCCGUGUUGACGGUCUAUGGCAAUUAUUUGAAUUUGGACAAGGAUCACAAUGGCAUGUUGAGUAAAAAGGAAUUGGCCGCUUAUGGUUCGGGCACGCUAACUUCAGUGUUUUUGGAUCGUGUUUUUGACGAGUGUCGCACAUUUGAUGGUGAAAUGGAUUAUAAGACAUUUCUUGACUUCGUCUUGGCCUUGGACAAUCGCCAUGAACCCCAAUCGCUGCACUAUUUGUUUCGCAUUUUAGAUGUCCAGCACAAGGGAUAUUUGACGGCCCAAACUUUGCAUUAUUUUUUUAAGGGUAUUCAAGAACAAAUACGUGCCGUCAAUGCGGAAUCUGUAAAUUUUGAAGAUUUAAAAGAUGAAAUCUUCGAUAUGGUAAAAUCAAAGGAUCCGUAUAAAAUCACGCUGCAGGAUCUAAUUAAUUGUGGCCAAGCUGAAACUGUUGUCUCCAUCCUAAUUGAAUUUCACAAAUUCUGGGCUUAUGAAAAUCGUGAAGAAGGUUCACAUAAUGUUUAAUAUUAAAUUACGGCACACUAUUUUUCACAUACCCAGCAUACAAAGGAUUGGGUUGCACCAGUGGGUGCACUAGGGUGUGUGUGUGUGGAGUCUAACAAAGUUCUCUUAAUUAAGUUAUUAUUUUAGUUUUCUUUCAAGCGCCGAAACGAACAAAGGUAAAGUUUCUUUUUUGGAAGGAUAGAAGAAAGUAGGGAAUAAUUAUAUUUUAAUGUAAUGCAAGAAUUUAAUUAUAUAAUUUAUAUCAAUUUACAUUAUGCUGUACUUAGACAUUUUGUAUGAUUUUUAAUCUUAAAUUAUUUUUUCUUUAUAUCUGUUUUCAUUGUAAGUAUUAACAUUCCAACUAUUUCCUUAAAUAAUUUGCACAUUAAUGGAAAGCUAUUUAUGUACUUAACAUAGUCAGAUAUAAUACAAACCAUAAAUUGUUCUUUAGACUUUAAGGUGUUUUAUUUUAAAUAAAUAAAUAAAUGCUGGUAAAUAUUAAGAACCAAGACGAUUGUUUAUAGUUCACCUAAGGCAUAGGAUAUUUUA